GGCGGUGGUGACUGUCGAGCGGCCGAGAACUGCCGAGAGCUCGCGCGAGACAGAGACAGAGUGAAGCCGUGUGUAGCAUAGGCUCGACGAGUCUCGGGGGCAGACGCACGGCCGCGGCGCAUCUCUCGUGUAGUGUGAACGAGUAUCAUCGACCGACCAAGCGAUAUUCAUCAAGAAAGUUCAACAAAUAGUAAAUAAAGUGUGACGAGCAAAACGACAAAGCGGCAGGAUGAAUGACAUGGAUUCCUACGGGGAUGGCUACAUGGAGCCCGAAGAGGAAUGGGAGCGCGAGGGUCUGCUUGACCCUGCUUGGGAGAAACAGCAGAAGAAAACAUUCACAGCAUGGUGCAACUCUCAUCUUCGCAAAGCCGGCACGGCCAUCGAGUCGAUCGAGGAGGACUUCCGCAACGGCCUGAAACUCAUGCUGCUGCUCGAGGUGAUCUCCGGCGAGACCCUGCCGAAGCCCGAUCGCGGCAAGAUGCGAUUCCACAAGAUCGCCAACGUCAACAAGGCCCUCGAUUACAUCGCCAGCAAGGGCGUCAAGCUCGUAUCUAUCGGCGCGGAAGAAAUCGUCGAUGGCAAUUUAAAGAUGACUCUCGGUAUGAUCUGGACCAUCAUUCUGAGAUUCGCCAUCCAGGACAUCUCCGUUGAAGAGAUGACCGCCAAGGAGGGUCUGCUGCUCUGGUGCCAGCGCAAGACGGCGCCUUACAAAAAUGUCAACGUUCAGAACUUCCAUCUGUCCUUCAAAGACGGUCUGGCGUUCUGCGCUCUCAUUCAUCGCCAUCGGCCCGAUCUCAUUGAUUAUCACAAGCUCAGCAAGGACAAUCCAUUGGAGAAUUUGAAUACCGCCUUCGACGUGGCCGAGAAGUACCUCGACAUCCCGCGCAUGUUGGAUCCCGAUGAUCUGAUCAACACUCCUAAGCCAGACGAGCGAGCAAUCAUGACAUACGUGUCCUGCUACUACCAUGCCUUCCAGGGUGCUCAGCAGGUCAGCAACAUGCAUAACACAGCUAUGCCCGAUGAGCGAGCCGUUAUGACUUACGUGUCGUCGUACUACCACUGUUUCAGUGGCGCACAAAAGGCUGAGACGGCUGCUAACAGGAUUUGCAAGGUGCUCAAAGUCAACCAAGAGAACGAACGUCUCAUGGAGGAGUACGAGCGUCUGGCCUCCGACCUGCUCGAGUGGAUCAGGCGGACCAUGCCCUGGUUGAACGGCCGUCAGACCGACAACUCUCUGGCCGGCUGUCAGAAGAAGCUCGAGGAGUACCGUACUUACAGGCGCAAGCACAAGCCGCCGCGCGUCGAGCAGAAGGCCAAGCUCGAGACCAACUUCAACACCCUGCAGACGAAGCUGCGCCUGUCCAAUCGACCGGCCUACAUGCCGACCGAGGGCAAGAUGGUCUCGGACAUCAACAAGGCUUGGAAGGGUCUCGAGACGGCCGAGAAAGCUUUCGAGGAUUGGCUGCUCUCCGAGAUGAUGAGACUCGAGCGACUCGAGCAUCUGGCUCAAAAGUUCAAGCACAAGGCCGACGCUCACGAGGACUGGACCGCCGGCAAAGAGGAAAUGCUCACCUCGCAGCAUUUCAGACAGUGCAAACUCAACGAACUCAAAGCUUUGAAAAAGAAACACGAAGCUUUCGAGUCCGAUCUCGCUGCUCAUCAAGAUCGCGUCGAGCAAAUCGCGGCCAUUGCUCAGGAGCUCAAUACCUUGGAAUAUCACGAUAGUGCUUCUGUCAACGCGAGAUGCCAGAGAAUCUGCGAUCAGUGGGAUCGCCUUGGUACGCUGACCCAACGAAGACGACAAGCCCUCGACGAGGCUGAAAAAAUACUCGAGAAAAUUGAUGUCCUUCAUUUGGAGUUUGCCAAGCGUGCUGCGCCAUUCAAUAACUGGCUUGACGGCACUCGGGAGGACCUCGUGGACAUGUUCAUCGUUCACACAAUGGAGGAGAUCCAAGGCCUUAUGGAUGCCCAUGCUGCCUUCAAAGCGACACUCGGCGAAGCUGAUAAAGAGUACAAUUCGAUCGUCACUCUGGUACGCGAAGUCGAGUCAAUCGUGAAACAGUUCCAAAUUCCUGGAGGCCUGGAAAAUCCCUACACUACCUUGACUGCUCUAGACCUUACAAAGAAGUGGAGCGAUGUUAGGCAAUUGGUACCUCAGCGCGAUGGAACUUUGGCUGCUGAAUUGCGUAAACAGCAGAACAACGAAUUGCUGCGCAGACAGUUCGCUGAGAAAGCCAACGCCGUCGGUCCAUGGAUCGAAAGGCAACUAGACGCCGUCACUGCAAUCGGUCUAGGUUUGCAAGGUACUCUCGAGGACCAACUUCACCGACUGAAGGAAUAUGAGCAGGCUGUGUAUGCCUACAAAGCUCAUCUCGAGGAAUUGGAAAAGAUCCACCAAGCCGUACAGGAGGGUAUGAUCUUUGAAAAUCGUUACACUCAGUACACCAUGGAAACUUUGCGAGUCGGAUGGGAACAACUUCUUACAUCGAUCAAUCGUAACAUCAACGAGGUCGAGAAUCAAAUUCUUACCCGUGACUCGAAGGGCAUCACUCAAGAGCAACUUAGCGAGUUCCGAAGCAGCUUCAAUCACUUCGACAAAAACAGAACUGGACGAUUAGCACCUGAAGAGUUCAAAUCUUGCUUGGUUUCACUUGGCUACUCCAUUGGUAAAGAUCGUCAGGGCGACAUUGAUUUCCAGCGUAUACUUGCCAUUGUUGAUCCCAACAAUUCGGGAUACGUACAAUUUGAUGCUUUCCUCGACUUUAUGACUCGCGAGUCCACGGAUACCGAUACUGCCGAACAAGUCAUCGAUAGCUUCCGCAUUCUAGCAGGAGACAAGCCAUACAUCCUGGCCGAUGAGUUAAGGAGAGAAUUGCCUCCGGAUCAAGCUGAAUACUGCAUUCUAAGAAUGCCACCUUUCAAGGGACCCAAUGCCAUGCCCGGAGCCCUAGAUUACCGUUCGUUUUCAACAGCACUCUACGGCGAAUCUGAUUUAUAAGGCUAAAGAUGAAACAAUACGAUCAACAAUGCAUGUAAACAUUUUAGGAUCUCUCAAGAGCAAUAUUCGUCCAUUGUGUUACGCUAUACUCUGUUCGUCCAAAUAGUCAUAAUAAGCUCGAUCAGAGUAUGUUAAAGUGGCGAACAAUAUUAAGAUAAAAAUGGGUGACCAAAAUUGUCCAUAAUUAUUCAAACUAGCAAGCGCACAUGAACAGCAAGCAAGAUGUAUUUAACAUGUUAUUAUAAAUACAAAAAAAUUGCAAAUUAGAACUCAACUUUUUGAGUCUUUUGAACGAAUUUACAACGAUUAUAUCAAUAAUGAACUUUUAAAAAAGA